AUGACGUCGUCGGAACCGAUUCGGAUGCAACCAUUUCCCGUGGACGCGAGAGGACCGCCAUUCGAAAUCGUUGUGACCUCAUCCACGAUCCCCGUCACCAUCGGAAGGAAAUCUACGACCCUUAUUUGCCCGGCCUGUCGAGCGUUGGUGCGAACCAAGGUCAACUACAACGCCACCACCAGUACCCACUGCUGUGCCCUGUUGUUGUGUUGUUUUUCCUGCUGGACCUGUUGCUGUUGCUGUUGUCCGUAUUGCUGCAACUGGUGGGCCACCGUGGACCAUUACUGUCCCAACUGUCGCUGCUAUCUCGGAAGCUUUCAGCGAACGUGAGCGUUCUUUUUGACAAUAAAGUGCCUUGCAAAUUGUA